AAUGAGACGUGGACAGAGGCUGCCUCUUUCUUGCCCACUGAUCCUCAUUCUAGAGCCACUCCAAGGUUCUGGGCUGACUUCGCUGAUAAAACGAUAUCAUUUGAUGGAGGAAGAAAGAUUUUGGGAAACAAGAUUGGAGAAGAACAAGACAAAGGCGUAAAAGAGUUUCUUGAGAGGUUGAAGGUUCUUGAAAAUGAGCUUGGAGACAAAUCUUACUUUGGAGGAGAGACUUUUGGUUAUGUAGACAUAGCUCUUGUCACUUUCUACAGUUGGUUCUACCGACUCGAGGAAUGUGGUGACUUCUCUGUCGAAGCUGCAUGUCCGAAGAUCGUGGCUUGGGGAAAGAGAUGCGUUGAACGAAAAAGUGUUGCUGAUUCAUUGUCUGAAUCUGAGAAAAUUUAUCAACAAGUCCUUAAGCUCAGACAGAUUUUUGGUGUUGAACAAAAUGAAUGCAGUAAACACUAA